UGCUGUCUCACUGCUGCUGUCUCACUGUGGCUCUCUCCUGGGCUGCACAUCAGCACCUGCUGACUCCUGGACUGUAACCCAGUCUUCGAGAUGGAGCGGCCGUCUUACACUGAACAGCUUUUGCUGCAGCUGAACCAGCAACGAUCCAAAGGACACUGGUGUGACGUGAUCAUCGUGGUAGAAAACGUUCUCUUCAGAGCCCACAAGAACGUCCUGGCAGCCUGCAGCAGCUACUUCAAAUGCCUCGUGCUGCACGACAACCUCAUCACCCUGAACGCCGCCGUGGUGAAUCCUUUAGUGUUCAAACAGGUACUGGACUUCAUCUACACAGGUCAGCUGUCUACCUCUCACCAUGCUAGUGACCAGGGGGUGUCUGACCUCCUCAGAGCUGCGUCCUACCUGCAGCUGUCAGACUUAGCAGCUCUGUGUCGCAGGAAACUCUGCAAGUCCAGUGACUGGACAUCCUCCACCAUCAAAGGCCACCUCCAUCCAGGAUCUAUGGAGGUACAGCAGAGUCAUAAUCAGAUGCUCCACAGGGAGGAUCUGUCCGAGGAGGAGCUUUUUCAGGCACAACGUGUGUCUGUUAACUCAUCAGCAGCAGUCGGCCUCAAUGGAAGUGUAGAGACAGGCCUGAGGAUAAAGCUGACCAGGAAGAGUCCGACUGGAAGCCUGCAGCAGAGCUCCCCACACUCCAGCAGCAAUUCAUCAGAUGACGUACCUUUUAACGCCAUCUCAGCUUUCUGUAACCAAAGAUUAGAGCACAGCGAGCAGCGGCACCCAACCUCAGACUCCCAGCAAACGGCAGCACACAAGAGGCCCCGAUCCAGCAGCUGUUUGGAAGGAAGAGUGCAAACAAAGAGACAGGAAGUGGACAAUGGAGAGCUGGAGGACCAAGCCGAGGUCAGAGAGGGAGAUUUGGUCCUGAAGGACGAGCUGAGAGAGAGCGUGAGUGAGGAAGAGGAGGUUAAACCUGCCAGCUACAUCUACCACCAACCGCAGCCCGCGGUACAACCAGCUCUGUACGACACGUAUAUGUGCAUCCCCUGCGGGAGAGGCUUCCCAAGCUCCGAGCAGCUCAUCACUCAUGUAGCCUCACACACCACUGAGGAGCUGAGAAAGAAAGCUGAGGACACAGAGGAGCAUCAGGACACAAAAGAACCAAAAGCAGAUGUGACCCGGCCUCGUCACGCCUGCUCGGUUUGCAGUAGGAGCUACGCCGACGUGGCUUUGCUGACCCAGCACGAGAGGAGCCACUGGCCAACCAGGCCGUUCUCCUGCGACGUCUGCGGGAAGCUGUUCACGCAGAGGGGCACCAUGACGCGGCACAUGCGCAGCCACCUCGGGCUCAAGCCCUUCGCGUGCGAGGAGUGCGGCAUGCGCUUUACGCGGCAGUACCGCAAGAUGGAGCACAUGCGGAUUCACACGGGAGAGAAGCCUUACGAGUGUCAGCUCUGUGGCGUGAAGUUCACCCAGCAGCGGAGCAUCAUCAGCCAUCUAAAGAUACACACAGUGGUCUCAGUGUAGACGGCACCUCAUACACAAAUCACGAUCCAGUGAUAACUACAUGCUAUUUAUGUGCAUAUUUGUACUUGAUGAAUGAGUGUUUUUUCAAGGUUAAAAGACAGGACCAGUGUGUGGAAGUUAGUGACAUCUAGUGGUGUAGUUGCAGAUUACAAUCACCUCGCCCCACCCUCCCGUUCCAAGCGUGUAGAAGAACCUAAGGUGGCUGCGAAAAAGGACCUAUCUAGAGCCAAAAACAUGGCGGACUCCACCAGAAGAGGACGUGCUCCCUCUGUAGAUAAAAACGUCUCAUUCUGAGGUAACAAAAACACAAUAAUUCUUAUAUUCAGGUGAUUAAACACUAAUGAAAACAUACCUAUUAAUAUUAUAUUUCUGACAAUAGAUCCUUCUCAAUGUUCCACACUGGACCUUUAAGUUCUCCGCUCACGUUGUAUUUGAGCAUACGAUGAACCACUUAUAUUAUCAUUAUUUAAUGUUAUGAGAUUUUUUUUAAUAUGUUAAUAUAACAUAAUAGUUCAAACUUUAAAGACUUUAAGUGUGAAAAAGUAAAUUUUUUGUUCCGUUGGACGUUUUUAUUCGGUUAUAAGCAAAUGACACAUCACACUCUUUAUAAUAUAUUUGUCCAGUACCUCAGCUGGACUUUGUGUUUAGUACCAGUUAAUUAAAAUGUAAGCAUGGUAUCAUGCUAAACAAAGAUGGUGAGCAUAGUAAACAUUAUAUGGCUGUACACUCCCCUAAAUGAGUAACAGAAGUGUGAACUUAUUCACUGUGUGAUUGGUUGACUGUGUGUCAGAGAAUGUGAAAUAAAAUGUGAAUGAACAGAUAAGUUUCAUUAUGUCACAGAUUUCAUACAUUGAAUUAAAUAUUUGCUUAAGUAGAUUCAGUCUGGCAACAAACACCUUCUGCAUAUUAUUGUUUGUCUUCUUCCUUUGAUCAGGUAAUUCUGCAGCUUUAUUUGAGUCAGCACCACUUUUG